AUGGCUGAGGAUACCCGCACUCUAAGAGAGUUGGCUGCUCCCGACUUGGCGCAGCAGCCCUUAUGCAUUAACUUUCCCACUCUGAAUAACACUAUUGCUUUUGAACUGAAAUCUGGAUUAAUUCAUUUAUUGCCUUCUUUUCAUGGACUUGCAGGUGAAGAACCUCACAAACACUUGCAAGAGUUCGACGUGGUGUGCUCCAGCAUGAAACCACCAGGUGUUACUGUUGAACAGAUCAAACUCAAAGCCUUUCUAUUCUCACUUAAAGAUGCUGCAAAGGAUUGGCUCUACUAUAUCCCACCUGAAAGCAUUGACACGUGGAACGACAUGAAGAAGAAAUUUUUGAAGAAGUACUUUUCAGCUUCCAGAGCUGCGAUUCUGAGGAAGGAGAUAUGUGGCAUCAAACAACAAUCAGCAAUUUGGUUCAAGAGUGUUGGACAUAUGAGCGGAAACAACAGCGACCAUGCCAUCCAAUCGAUGCAACAACAACUUUAUGAGUUGACGAGCUUUGUUCGCAAGAUGGUCGUGGAAAAAUCCAACCCGAGUGUCCAGGUCAAGGUGUGUGGAAUAUGCACGAGUGCAGGACACUCUACAGAUGCAUGUCCGACACUCCAAGAAGAAUGUGCAAUGGAUGUGAACACUGCAAACUACGGUAUGAAUAGACCUCCAGCGUACCAUCCAUACUCCAACACCUACAAUCCAGGCUAA